GGAGAAAAAAGUUAAUGUUUUUCGUUUUGUGUCCCCACCACUUGAAAAAAUUCAACAGUGAAAAAAAACAUUUGUUGUAAUCAAAAUAUUGAAUUUUAAAGGAUUUGCAUGCAUUUACUGCAAAUAGUAAUAGAUAUAUUGCUUAGAGUCGAACAUUUUAUAAACAUAAUAGAAAAACAUUUACUUUGAAAUGACAUUUUCAUUUAGUAUACAUGAAAUUGCGAAUUAAUAAAAAUAUUUAAAGUGCUGAGAAAUUAAAACUACAAAGAUUUAGUUAGGAAAAAAGUUAAAUUAUUUUAAUCAAAAUAAAAAAGAAUUUUUCAUGUAACACCCUUCAUAUAAUAAAAUUAUUAAAGGGAAACCGCGAAAUAUCAAAAAUAUCACAAAAAAAAAUAGGAUACGUAUCCAUAUAAAAAAGGAUACUAAAUAGAGAUGACAUCAACUAACAAUGAUAAUUUCAUAUUGUUCAAGCAACAGGAUUGUAGUUAUGUAUCUUGUUAUUGUGAGGAAAAUGUUUGGAAGUUAUGCGAACAAGUAAAGAAGCAACAUCCAAAUGAAUUAUCAAAAUGUUAUGCCGUAUUCGUGUCAAAUGAACGACGAACUGUACCACUAUGGAGACAAAAAGCGGGUCGUGGUGAAGAGAAACUAGUUGUUUGGGACUAUCAUGUGUUUUUCAUGCAUAAUCCAUCAUUGAAUCGAUGUUUAGUGUUUGACUUGGAUACGACAUUACCGUUUCCAACCUAUUUUCAUAAAUACGUGACAGAAACAUUUCGUUCUGAUUAUGCGGUAUCAGAAGAUCAUCAUAGAUUUUUUAGGGUUAUUCCAGCAGAAGUAUAUCUUACUACAUUUUCAUCUGAUCGACGACAUAUGCGACGACCAGAUGGAUCUUGGAUAAAACCUCCGCCAUCCUAUGCACCAAUACAAACUAUGUCCAAUCUACAUCGUCUGGAUGAUUUCAUAUGCAUGAAGUCAGGAAAGGAUAAGCCUGGACAAGUUUACGAUUUACUACAUUUCGUUCAAGCUUUUUUUAAAUCGAAUUUAGAUAACAACACAAAAACGCAAAAUUAAAUACCUACUAAAUUAUUAUCUACCAAGCAAUCGAAGUAUGGAAAAAUUUCUUAUCUCACUACAUUUUCUAACUUGGCUUUUAUCAGAUAUUCAAUAAACUUUUCAUAUUAUCAACCGAUAUUUGGAUACCUAAAUUUUUUUUUCUAAAGAGAUCUAGCAAUGUUUGAUGAAUAUUAUUUUUUGUUAAUUUAUCAAUCUAAAUAUAAUUACACAACUGAAAGUCUUUUGAAAUAUGAUGAGUCAUUUCAUACAUCAAAUAACUAACAGA